AUGAAGGCGCAAAGUCCCCUGCUGGAAAUGAUCCCCGGGAACACGCGUAACGACAAGGCGCCGCUGCAAUGGACAACCGAGCGUUCGGCAGCGUUCUCCGCUUGCAAGGAGCAGCUAGCAAAUGCCGCCCUGCUCGCACACCCAGUAGCCUCGGCAGAGCUUUCGCUGUGGGUGGACGCGUCGGACACCGCGGCCGGUGCGGCCCUGCAUCAGGUGGUUGACGGCGGGCUCCAGCCGCUGGGAUUUUUCUCAAAGAAAUUCGACGCAACGCAGCGCCGGUACAGCACAUAUGACCAGGAGCUGACCGCGAAUCCCGACAAAGCGUCGCCACGCCAGGCACGCCAGCUGGACUAUAUUGGCCAGCACACCACAGACGUGCGACACGUCCAAGGAGCAGCCAACGUCACGGCGGACUUGCUCUCCCGGAUCAACGCGAUGGAGCCGGCACCGAUCAUCGACUUCGCCGCCCUCGCAAACGACCAGGAAAAGGACGAGGAGCUGGCCCGGAACAUAACGACGGACCAAGGGCGCCAAUUCGAGUCGAGGCUAUUCAACGAGCUCCUCAAAAUAGUGGGCGCGGCUCACCUGCGGACGACAGCCUACCACCCUCAGAGCAACGGGCUCAUCGAGCGCUGGCAUCGAACCUUGAAGGCAGCGAUCAUGUACCGCGACCCCCAACACUGGACUGAGCACCUGCCGAUGAUCCUGCUCGGGCUGCGGACGGCCUACAAGGACGGCUUAAAAGCGGCCCCCGCGGAGCUAGUGUAUGGGACCACCCUGACGAUCCCAUCGGAAUUUGUCGCGGAACCAACGAAUGCCUCCAGCGACCCCCCCUCCGAGUUCCUCAGCGAGCUCCGGAAGGCCAUGAAACGAGUACGGGCGCGCGACACGGACUGGCACGGCCGCCAACAAGUGUUCGUCCACGAGGACCUCGAGAACGCCAAGCGGGUGUUCGUGCGGGACGAUUCC